GCGUGCCCGUGAGCGUGACGCUGGCUCUCCUCCGGGCUGUCGGCUCCAUUCUCCCGCAGCCUCCCACUGCAGAGCACCGUCUCCGUCCUCCGUCCUCACAGCAUGGCAUCCGAAGAGCUCGCUCGGAAGCUCCAGUCGCGGCUCGCCGCCACAGAGGAGGCCGAGCCGCGGCCGGACGAGCCCGAGCGGAGCCCCGUCCGGGACAGACCGCAAGAGCCCGAGCGGAGCCCCGUCCGAGCCAGACCGCAGGAGCCCGAAGCCGCCUGCGGCGACUCGUGCUCCGAGCUGUCCGCCAAGCUGACCCGCCGGCUGGACAUCAACGACGGCACCGCCGCGCCACGGGCGACCCGCGUCUUCAACCCCUACACGGAAUUCAAGGAAUUCUCCCGCAAGCAGAUUAAGGACAUGGAGGCGAUGUUCAAGCGAUACGACACCGGCAGAGACGGUUUCAUCGACUUGAUGGAGCUGAAGCUGAUGAUGGAGAAGCUCGGCGCUCCUCAGACACACCUGGGCCUCAAGAAUAUGAUCAAGGAGGUGGAUGAAGACUUUGAUGGCAAACUGAGCUUCAGAGAGUUUCUGCUGAUCUUCCGCAGAGCAGCAGCCGGAGAGCUGCAGGAGGAGAGCGGCCUGAUGGCUCUGGCCAGACUGUCUGAGAUCAACGUCUCCACCGAGGGGGUGAUGGGGGCCAAAGACUUCUUUGAAGCAAAGGUUCAGGCUCUGUCUCAGGGCAGCAAGUUCGAGGCGGAGAUCCGGGAGGAGAAAGAGGAGAAGAAGAGGCAGGAGGUGGAGAAAAAGCAGCGACAGGCCGCCUUCAAGCAGCUGCAGUCCACGUUCUGCUCAUGACUGACCCUCCACAUCCGCAACGCAACAAUCCUGACCUGCACAAGUCAGCGUUAACUGACGGUUUUAGAAAUAGCGUCACCCUCCACUUAACCCAAGUCAUCGCUCACAGUGUGUCACCUCAUAACUAAGAAAAAAAACAAAAAAACUAGAUGUGUUAAAUAGGCACUAAACUACUUGAA